AUGGCCACCUUAAACUCACCCCUGCAUCUGCCAAGUUUCAUGUACCUAGUACACAGUCAUAAACAGCCCGCGUUAUCAGACCACAUACUGGAAACUUCUGUGGUAGAUCAGCUGAAUGAUUCAGACGAAUUGAUGAAUCUGUUAUCGACCGAGGAAAACUGUACGGCCAUCUUGCAGAACAUCUCGACCAAUGAACAGUUUCAGAGACUGAUGAACGAAGAAUCCGAGUUCGUACCCACUGAGGAAAUCGAACAGCUCAUCAACAAAACAUGUAGGAAGCCUUACCCAUUAUUCCCAAAUCUUCUUCAACUUUCUUUAAUUUUCAGGCCAAACAUACUAACCAUGCUGAAACUGGGGAAACAUCAGUGCCAAGAAUGCUUCAAGUGCUUCAAGAACGUCUACCACUUGCGCAGCCAUUUACUCACACAUGACGACAAGUUUCCUUACAAGUGUCCUCAUUGCGACAAACGCUGCAAAAGGAAACAGGAGCUGAAGUCACACAGCAAGGUACACAAUACCAACAGAGACACCUACACUUGCGAAGUGUGCCACAAGAAAUUGACCAGCAAGACGUCGCUGAUCAUACACCACAAGCGACACCAGAAGCUGUACACCAUCUUCUGCGAGUAUUGCAAGAAGGGAUUCUACACCAAAACUAGCUUGACUUUGCACACCAAUUCGAAGCACGAAGGGAAGUCCCACUUCGUGUGCGAAAUCUGUGGCAGGCAAUGUUACGACAAAACCAGCUUGGAGAACCACAGGAUGAAACACGAUGCCAACUAUGGCAAGAAGAAGAACAUCAAGUGUACCCUCUGCGAUACCAGAUUCAUAGACGAGAAGUUUUUCGACCCAGCCAUCUUGACCAGGCUUUUAUACGGCCCUGGAAUGACAAUCACCCCGAUAAAACAGGAACCGACCGAUCUCAAUUUCACCGUCAACAACUCGCUCAAAUUCUCACACUUCAACCCCUUCAACGGUCUCACCGCCAACCAAUUCCAGCCCCCACCCCCACAAGUCCCCAUCGAGAUACCCUCCGAUCGUCCACCUCCUGCAGCCGCCAACAUCCUGGACUGCCUCAACAAGAAAGCGGAAAAAAAGAAGGCGAAGCCCCUGGACCGAGGUUAUUACUGGACGAGGAUUCAGUACACUUCAAAGAUUUUUACGUACCCUCAGGAAACGAUUCAGACUCCAGACUAUCUAUUGAAGAUUCAGGAAAAACCGAGUCCAAUGAAGAAGAACUUGUUGAUACUUGACGAAGAUUCAGUACACUUUAAAGACUUCAACGAACCCUCAGGAAACAAUUCAGACUUCAACGAACCGUCAGGAAACGAUUCAGACUCCAGACUAUCUAUGGAAAAUUCAGGAACGAGCGAGCCCAAUGGAAAAGAACUUGAAGAUGUGAAACAAUACUCCAGAGAUACAUCUAGAUUUUUUCGAAUCCGAACUUCGUUUUCUAUACCUAAGUCAUUUGUUUGCGAAAUUUGUCCAAGGUUAGUACCAGAAAUCGAUCCAAUUCGAGUUAUAGAAUUAUAUUCUUCAGAUUCAAAUCAUAACUCAGAAGACAAUUCUUCAGAUUCCAACGAUAUCCCAGAAGACAAUCCCAAAGAUUCAGAUUUUGCUUUAUCCACGGAAGACAUUGAUACAGAAUCAGACGCUUCUGAUGGAAACAACAUUAUUGACCAAUCUAUACAAGUAGGAGAAGAAUCAAGAAAAACAUCUAGAAGGCUUCAAACUCGAAAAACAAAAGCAUCUGCGCUACCCAUACCAAAUCCACUUGUAUGCAAAAUUUGCAUAGAAAAUUUCACGAAUAUAGCUCCUUAUGCUUUGCAUAUGAGACAACAUGCUCAGGAAGAAUCCUUGAAAUGUUUCAUCUGCAAAUCUCCCCUAGGUGGAACAGCAGACGAUAUCGAGUUCCACAUCAGAGCCCACCAAGAUGUGAGUCGUGUAUUCAUUGACGUUACUCGUAUAGAUCACAAUGAAAACAGAAAGUCCAGUAUCGUUCCUCUGAGACACAGAUGUCCAUCCUGCGGGAAGAGUUUCAUACUGAUCGGCAGACUGUUCCUAGUGGUCAAAAAAGAGCCCACCGUCGAGGAAUACGUCAUCGAAAUAUUCCCAGCCCUUUCGGACCCUCUUGAAACCCAGCGAGUCGUCAACGAAAUGAUCUCGACACCAAAAACCGCCCCAAAACACAAACUCGCGUCCGGUGCACCCUUCUGCAACCGUUGCCAAACCUACUACGCCGACCCCAUACUCCACGCCCUACACACCUUAAAGCACUCCAACGGCCUCUUCGACUGCCCCACAUGCCCUCUGCUUGCCAAAAUGACAGAAGAGCAAGUCGAAACGCACGUGAGGAUUCACGAGGAGAAUCCCAAGCACACCUGUCCCAAGUGCGGACUGAAGCUCUACAGCGACAGCACUGCUAUAAAGCACGAAAAGUCCCACUUCGGCAUGAGGAAGCCUCUGCCUUGUGGCUUGUGCGAAGCUACGUUCUUGUUCCCUUGCACCCUGAGUGCUCACGAGACGACCGAGCAUGGUGACGUCAUCGAGGAGUUCCGCAAGGAAACCAAAGCCAAGCAAGAGGAAGACAUCAGGAAGAAGAGCGUGGUCAAAGAGCAUUUGCCCUACGCCAACAAACCUCUAGGUCCCGUGCUGUGCCAGUACUGCAACGAGACCUUCCGUAGUAACAUACAGUACGGUUACCACCUGACCAAGUUUCAUUCCUUGGACGAGAAGUUCAAGUGUUUCUUGUGUAAGUCUCCGGUUAGGAUGGAUGAGGCUCGCAUGGAGAAUCAUUUGCGGAGGCACGAGUUCGCGCAGACGUUCAAGUGUUCGGUGUGCGGUGAGGGUUUUUGCCAGAGGCAGGAUGCGGAGGACCAUGAGAGGUUUCAUGAGGAGAAAGGCGUUGAGUGCAACUUAUGCGAUAGCGAGUUUUUGUUCUCCAGGUAA